UGAGCAGAAGUAUUGAUAUAACUAUACUGGCGGCAAAAGCUGUAGGUAGCAUCGGUGAGCAUCUUUCAUGUAACGACCAGACAUGUCAGCUGGAUUUAAUCUAUCCUGCCGAGAACUCGACAUGCUACAUUCAGUUUAGUGGAGAAAUGGGGGAGGUAACUGGCUGGUGCAAUGUUCCCAAGCUCAGAUCUACGAAAUUUCUUAGUAAUUCUGGCUGCUACUUUUACCGCACUUCUCAGACAGGUGACAACAAGCCUACAACAAGUGGAUUUUAUAACAUGAACCUAAAGCCAAAUGCACAGGCUGGUUAUUACACAGGCACGUGUAACAUGACCUCCGACUUACCAAGUGAGGGACGAUACAGCUACACAGUCAUCAUCAUGCCAGGGGAAGUCAACGUGUCUGCCAUGUUCACGGGAAGCAAUGAAAUACGUCGACCAGCCGCUAAUAUAACACACAACUGUCCUCAGUUCAUAAAGGAAGGCAAUGAUCUGAACUGUCAAUGUACAGCCAGUGAUUUAGGAUCGCCUCCAGGAUUACUGAAAUGGAACAGCAUAGCAUCCAGCCAACUGUCACUAACGGACCUGAGGAGAGAACAGCACGGAGUAAACUACGUGUGUAGUCUUACCUGGAACAAGACAGUCCAGCAGUCAUUGGCCUACACACUUACUGUCAUUUGUAAGCCCAGAAAUGCUUCUGCAGAUGCUAGCUUUGUACCUCCCACUCUUCGGGAAGGCCAAAAUACAAGUUUUCAUCUAAUUGCUUACCCGACACCUGUGAAUGUGACAAAAUAUUUUAUUGGAUCAAAUAUGAACAGCUAUGAAACCCCGGUCAGCGAUGACGUGUUUCGUGUGGACUGCAGCUCCAGCUCUCAGUGGAUUUAUAAAAUCACCUGCACAGUAACGGUCAUCAAAGUGACGUCACACGCAGCUGGACUUUACAAGGCUGUGGUCAGUAAUGAGCUCGGAGGUGUUCCACUUUUCUUUGAGGCCUUGCCCCAAAAUACCACAGGUAGAGAUUUAACAUAG